UCGGUUCUUGUACGGUGGUUUCCAUGCUUCAGAGACGAACGUAGCGUUCAGGGGUGCCAUGACUCUGACCAGAGGAUCUUUCACCUAUGCCAGUGGGGAGGAGUACCAUGGCGAAUGGAAAGAAGGUCGGAGGCACGGUGUUGGUCAGCUCAAGUUUCAGGAUGGGACAUGCUACACUGGCCAGUUUGAGAAUGGACUCUUCCAUGGCUCUGGUGUACUGCUCUUUACAGAUGGAUCCAGGUACGAAGGAGAAUUUUCACAUGGAAAAUUUCAAGGUACAGGAGUCUUUAGUCGAUACGAUGGCAUGAAGUUUGAGGGGGAAUUCAAAGAAGGACGGGUUGAGGGAUAUGGGUUAUUGACUUUCCCAGAUGGAGCUCAUGGUGUCCCACGAAACGAGGGCUUGUUUCAAAACCACAAGCUACAGAAGAGAGAGAAGUGUCCAGGAGUGGUGCAACGUGCGCAGGCUUCAGCCUCCAAUGCUCGCAGUCUGGCACUUUGACCGUCAUGGACCCUGAUGGAGACACAGUCAGGGAUCCAGCACCAUCCAGGAGGGCCUCAGGGAUGUGUACUUGUAUACUCCCCUCCAGCUCUUCUCUCUGUGUCUUUCUCUCCUUUUUGAGCAUCAGUCUCUUGUUUCUUUUUCUGCAUAUUCCUUGCUUUGUCCUCACUGUAGCUUGGAAUGCACGUGCAAUUUGACCAAACAAAUGGCUUUCUAUAUGACUGACUUGAAAUGCACAACACCAUGAAGCACACCUUUAAUUUCACACGUCACAAAAACAGCAAAUGCUGCUGUUUUCUCUUGUUCUGCUUCUUGUACUCAUAAACAGUGUCUUAGUGUUUUACAAUAGUUAGCUUUCAUACAUCAAAUAACUGAAUAUGGGAGACCUCUUCUUACUAUGUUACUGCACAUCUGGUAAUUUGAAGAGGUUUUGUCUCCUGAUUUAGGAGGAGGUGUAAAAUAAGUCUGUAUUAAGAAGACUUUAGCUACUAACUAGAUAACAUCACUUAAGAAAUGCUGCAAGCCAUUACAUCAGAGUACCCUGUGGAGUUUGACCACUGGUAGCUCUAUGGAGUAAUGUUGGUGUGUUGAGUCCCCAUUUUGUUUUUAUAAUAUAUGGGCAUGCACGUGUUCAAGCAUGUGGGCAACACGACACACAUUCUUGCCGAAGUUUUCACGCUGUUCUGCUGAUGGACAGUUGGUGGUGGUAAGGAACAUAGUAGUGUAGAAAUGCCUCCACAAAGCCAGUGAAGAAGACUGUAAGCUAGCAUACAUGGAUCUCAACAAUGCAGUACAAAAAAUAUUUGGCUUUGCAAGGGGGUUUUAAUAAUAAGGAAAUGCAUUCAACAUAUUUGUCAAGCCUCAAAGAUCCACACCAUGCGUUUUGGUCAAAUACAGUGAAUGUAAACGUAACUUUUGUUUGUUUACAAACACGCUCCACGGGGCACCUUUAAAAUCAAAUCUCAAUUAACAAUGCUGCUGCAAACUAUUAUUCAAGGAAUGCAAUCUGACACUGGUGUUUCUCUUCUCAGAAGAUCAGUAUUCACAUUUGCCUUAAAAAGUUCAAGGGUGUCCAUCUGAAAAUCAGAUGAAGCACAGCACCCUCUCCUCCCCUUCUCCCUUCUGCACCAUUUGCCCUAAGGUGUCUGUCAGCCUAAUGAAUUUUUGGUCUGCUUGAAGAUUGCCUUCACUCAGAGAGACACGUUGCUAAGCUGGUGCUGAAUUUCAGCUCCCAUCACUCACAAGUCCAGCAGCUCUCCUCUCUCCAAUAAACCUCCCCCUCCCAGUGGAAAUCAUUGGAGAGGAGAUUUAACCCAGUUGGAUAAUUCUCUUUAAGGUUUUCCCUGUCUAACCUGAAUACCUGGAUGACUGGACAUCCUCAAAGUUGAUAAAUAAUCAUGAUUAAAUGCAUUAAAUUAGGGACAUAUAUCUUAAUUGAGGCAGCUGAAUGAAAUUAUUUAUAAAUCAGAUAUAUAUUUACGAGUAUGUAAUUCGAAUGUAUGUGUUUUUCUGUAAGGUGUAUAGAUAUUCAUUGUUUCUGAUUGUGUUUUCACCGACCUUUCAAAUGAAUUAAGAGCUAAUUCUUUGAUUGGUGGGGUAGAAAAUGGUGUCACUGAGUUAUUUUAAGACAGUGUGAUGUUAAGAAUUUAUUAACCAUUUUAGCCAAUCACAGGUAUUCUAUGAUUACAGAUUGAUUCAGCGUACUUGAACUGUUAAUAGGCCUUAAAAAGCAUAUGUAGACGUAGCUUGUCUAGGGUUGCUUACAUAGCACUUCAACCAAAGACAAUCAAAUGAUAUUAUAGGUGAGGAAGCCUGGAACAUGUGUUAUUUCUUACAGCUGAACAAUAAAGACAAAUCAAUAAGGACAAAUCCACCUGAGGCUUUAGUGCACAAGAAAAACAAAAGGACCGAAGAUUAAACAGGGAAUUGAUAUGAGAUUCUGUUGUAAAUAUUCCUUAAAUCUCUAACUUGGAUUAUUUGCAUUUACUGAUUUUCAUUGUUGUUACAGUGUAUGAAUAGAAGAAAAAAAAAAUCAAUACUCAGUAUUAUGAGCCCAUACUGUUGCUUGCUGUGAAUACUCCUUUUGGUACGGUAGUGUGCUGCAAAGCAUAAUCUGAAAGAAUUAAGGUAGCAGAACAGCAGACCAGUGCAUGCGUCAGUACCGCUAUUUACAAGCACACAAUGAUACUUUAAUGUUUGCUGUAUGUGCACAGUGUGUAAUAUGCUGUAUUUCAAACCAUGUAAUAGUAUUUUCCUUUCCACUAUGUUGGAGACAACACCUGCUCAAGCCUUCUUUGCCUACACACUCCUGCCCGAGUGAAAUUGAAUACAGUGGAAUACUACAUCCAUUUCCAACUGGAAACAAAUGGUGCUUCAAAAGCGUGCCUGUCCAGACUUUCACCUGCCUGGAAAAUAUCAUUGCCAUGGUUACCUUUUUUUUCAGUAACAAUAUAAUGUUGCUUUGAGUGCUCUUAGAGAAACUACCACACAGUAUCCUCUCAUCCUACUGGAAUAGGUCUGAGUAUGUAUCACAAACAGUUGAUGUGUUUAUU